CUAUUCGCCCUCCUCCUUCUCCUCCCCCCUCCUCCUCCUCUCUGGCAUUUUGUGCAGCGGAGGAGGAAAGGAGGAGAGACUGCUGAGGAGAAGACAGAGGGGACCCUGAGACAACACGUCCCACGCCAGAGCCAGACAGCCAGGGAACUUUGAUUUGACGCCAAGUAGCCUAGCCUGCGAUGAAAAUGACGAUGAAGAGAAAGAGCCACGUUUCUCGUUCUUGGGAGGUUUAGAUAUGUCGGGCGUGUGCAACAUAUGAUGUCCUUGGACUCAUAUGCUCAAUGAAGAAUUAUUUUUCUGUGAUUUCGCUCCUCAAUUCGCUGAUGGUGCCGCUUCGUUGUGCCUGCACUUAGGUCAGCCGAGCGCAUUGUUUCCAGCUCCGUUGUAUAUGGGAUUUCCAGCCGUGAUGUCUGCAAUAUUUCGCUCUUUGUUUCUGGUUCUAUUCAGCCUGCUGUCAGUGGGUGCCCAGACGGAGAUGAAGAAGGUCGUUGGGGACAAUGCCACCUUACCAUGCCACCACCAGUUCCCGCCAUCCAGCUCUCUUGACAUUGAGUGGCUACUGCAGAAACCAAGCUCCAAACAGAAAGUGAUUAUUACCUUCUUUGGAGGCCAGGUGUACACCAAUGAGGCGACAGGCAGUGAGGCCAGCCGUCUUUCCUUUGCUGGGGAGUACCUGGGGGGAGACGCCUCCCUGCUGAUCAGUGACCUCCUGCUGACCGACUCUGGGGAAUACUACUGUAAAGUCAAGACUGGGGGAAAGUACCACUGGAGCCAGGUCAACCUCAUUGUGCUGGUCAAACCCUCCAAGCCUAGAUGCUGGAUGGAUGGCAAACUCCUGGAGGGCAGUGAUGUCAAGCUGAGCUGUAAGUCCAGCGAUGGUUCUGACCCCAUCAGCUACAAGUGGGAGCGAGUACUAGACAAAGGCAAGAGUCUGGGCAAAUUGCCAAACCUGGCACUGAUAGAUCUCAAGAACCCAGAGAUUGUGACCCUGAGGAAUCUCACCAUGGACAGCACAGGUGUCUACAGGUGCACAGCGAGCAAUGAUGUGGGAGAGGAAAACUGCACCAUUGAGGUCACAAUGCAGCAUGUGAGGGAUGUAGGUAUGGUAGCAGGUGCAGUGGUGGGAAUAUCCCUUGGUGUCCUCAUUGUCAUAUUAAUCAUCUGGCUCGUCUUCCGGAAGAAAGAGAAAAAGAAGUAUGAGGAGGAGGAGACUCCAAAUGAGAUCAGGGAGGAUGCAGAGGCUCCCAAGGCCAAGCUAGUGAAGCCCAACUCCCUGUCCUCGUCUCGUUCCGGCAGCUCACGCUCUGGAGCCUCCUCCACCCAGUCCAUGGUGCACAACAGCGCCCAGCGUGGUCACCGCCCCCGCCCACCUGCUGUAGCAGCUCUCAAGGAAAACGGACAGCCUCCAGGCUUCCCCCAGUCCCCUCCAGCCUACACUGCAGUGGUGCCCUCCAAGACCCCCGAGCCCCCUGCCACUCCCAAAUACAACUCCAGGAACAUGUCUGGGCCCACACCCCCCACCCUCAUGGUCCCUGCCCAGACCAAGGCUUUUCAGACUGUGUAGGACUGAAAGCCAACCCCUUCAUGCAGCCAUGUGAGACUCCCAUCCCAGCCCAAGCCCCCUAGUCCCCUCCCAAAGACUAAGACUCUUCCAUAAACAAAGAAAUGCAACUAGUUAAAAGGAUGUAAUUAAAAGAAUCAAUACUAUAAGUCCAAAAGUACUUUUCAUGAAUGCAUACUUAAAAAGGGAAAAUAAGAUAUGCUUGCCCCCUACUGAAUUACAUAAAACAACAAAAAAAAGAAAAAACAAGACCCGAGAUGCAACACUGUUUGUGUCUCAUGGCUAAAGGCAGAACUUAUUUUCUGAGUUCCUUCUUUUAGCUUUGGAAGCUGCAGGGUAGCACCAUGUGCAGCGAGGUAGAAGGGGCCCCCUAGUAGAGCUUUUAUUUAUUUAUCAAAUCAAAGGGUUAGGGCAUGCAGUGGAGAAAAAGAGGGGGAAAAGGGGAGACAGUAAAAGCUGGAUAAUAAAGUAGAGCCAAACCCUCAGCCAGGUACCAAUGGAGUCAUACAUCUGGUGGGCUUUGGUUGUCGGCAAAUACAAGAUGGAUACAAGCAGGGUGGAAACAAGGAGGAAGAAAGUUCAAGAGUGUAAGACAGCUACUGGUUUGUUUGAUUUUUUCUGGGAGGAGGGGGGGUUGGGUGGCGUGAUUCUUUGAUUCAUGUCACCCUGCAUCUCCGACUCGCUGUCUCCAGCACAUGCUCUGAAACCACAAACCCCUUUGCCUCCCAUGGGCUGGGCUGAUUGCGCCCAUCCAUGUGGACAGACACAAUGUGCGGCAUGUGCAUUAUCUGCCUCGGUGCUCUCUGUCUUUCGUGCUCUCAUAACGAACCUGUGAGAAACCACGACAGUCCUGAGACUGACUCAGCUGGCUCACAAACAGCUCAUCUGCUUUAACAAUCAGCAGGGGAAACUUCAGGUACAUGGAUGUAGCAUUGACAGUGGAGUCAAAUCAGUGGAGUUGUUACCCCCCUCCCAUAUCCUGUCUACAUCUAUGGACCUUUUCUGGUACUGAAUAUCUUCCCUGAAUAAUUAAAUAGUAUGUAUUAGGCCUAUAGCAAGUCAAUACUUUAAAUAUAGGGGAUAAGCAUCUAUUAGACCAGCUGGACUUGUUUUUAUUUUAUUUUGUCUCUUCUCUCUGAACAGGUUGUAAAGGGUGACAGACAGCUAUAUGUCCAUUCAUCCAUAUUAAGAAGUGCCACCAAUCCCUAGGAUGGGUUAUUAUUGUUGCUUUUUUUACUCUUUUGUUUACCUGCUACAUUUCUGAACUGAAACCAAAAUCUGUCACCAUGAAUGUGUGAUGUACAAAGAUGGUGGACCCCAUUAGUUUCCUAUAAGGUACUGAAUCAAUAUUCGAGCUAAGGCACAAAGAAUUGACUUUGACGUUCAAUUUUACAAUUACUAUGUCUGAAUGAAGGGAGCAAGGAGUAUGAUUCUGUAGACUUCAAUUGUAUAGGGAGUGUAUGGUAUCAUUGUCAGUACUCUCCCUGGAUCCAUAACAAUGGAGUGGCACUCGAUUGCUGUCUCACUGAAUCACCGGGUCCUGCUUGGUUAUUGGUCGAGCUGUGCUAUCAGCCAAUCCCCAUUUGUCGUAUCCUCAGACAGACCCAGUGCAGUUUGAUUGAAAGUAUCUGGAAAAAAAGGCAAGUAGCCUAUCUAGUGUGCCUUUGCAAUCCCUUUUCCUUUUGAUGGUUUCUUUCUUUGUCCUUAUCUUCAGCACACCAGUGGUUAAGUCUCUGUUCACAUCCAGUUUUGAGGGUUAACAGUGGCAAAUACUGAGAGAUACAACUUCAAAAACUUGCCCUAGUAAUAACAGAUGCAGCCUACGGAGCACCAAGCAGAGUGAAUUAUCCAUGGUGAGAAAGCAAUCCCAUGCCAUGGGACAAUGUACUGUACAUUCUGUAAUCAGUCUUGUUUUAUAUUGUACAUACAGAUAGAUAUACGCACAUGAUGUCAUAUAAUUUAAUAAAUAAGGGUAAGUGAGGGGAGAUAUACCCCUUACAAAAGAGUCAAAUGGGACCCAAAAGUGAAUUUAAACCUUGUGUUUUUUUACACAUGUUGUGUAAUAAGUGAAGCCCCCUAUUCUGAUGUCAUUUUUGACAUUUUUAUCUUUGAACUCAUGUAUUCAUUGGAAAACAAUAUUAUCAUAUGUAAUCAAAGGUGCAAGUGUAGGGAAAAAAAUUUAAUCUUGUGCAAAACAAAAUAUCUUCACAACUACUGGCCAGAUUCUCAUGAGAUGUAGUAUGGAUUUUAUUGAUCUCCUGAGAAUAAUUUCUUCUGAUUUUAGUGACCCUGUGACCUUUUGCACCAUUGGGUCAAAAUUUCCCCUUGAAAUGGGCAUUAACAAGUUAUCUUGAAAAGUACCUGCCAGAUUUCCAUAAAAAUCUGCUACAAGAAUUUAUAGUCAACACAUAAUGAAUAUUUUGAUGAACCCUGACCUUUAAUCUGGCACGCCAUCCAAGAUUUCCACUUGUGCAUGAGAUAUAUCAAAAAUCCAGUGGCAGAUUGGCAUGAAAUUGUGUGAGCAUGUUCAUACUAUCAAAGGAAAUGAGCUGUUUUUAUUUUAGUGACUCCAUGGCCUUUACUCUCAGGACAAACUUAACAAUUUAAGCUCCACUACUGGUUCUAAGAAGAGCAAUUAUCCAACACGUUAAUAUUAUAGUGUGUAAUGAAUAUUGCUAUUCUCUCUGGGCUGGUAGCGGGGCUUUAGUCGUGUUUCACUUGUAAAUCAAAAUUUUCACACUAAAGUAAAACGUGUCAGAUAAGAUGAAGUAAUUCAACUUCAAAAGUUUUGAAAACCAACAUCUGUCUGAAAAGCACAUGUAGUUUGACUUCACAUGCGGGAUUUUACAUGUGACUUAACUGUAAGGGAAGAUACUAAGAGAAAUGCCUUUUAUAUUCAAAUAGAGACAGCAGAUCAUAUUUGAGCAGGGAAGCUACUGUGUGUGUGUGUGGGUGGGUGUCUGUGCGUGCGUGCGUGCUUGCGUGCAUGUAUGCAUGUUUGUGAAUGUGUGUGAGUGUGUAUGUGUGGGUGUGUGCAUGUAAAUUCAGUAUAAGCCCUUGGGCCACACCCACACAUUCUCAUGUUAGCCAUUCAAGGAGAGGAUCCAGUCAGGCAAAGUAACCUCUACCCAAAUUGAUAUGACUGCAGACUGGCAGUGUUUAUUUUAGUUUUCACUGACUUAUAUGCCUAUUGCACUUGGCUUCACAGACAGCAGUCAUGUUUUUGCUUGUGGGGGUGGCGUCUCGAGACAAAGCACGUCCAUAAUUCAUAACUAUUGUCAGCUCUGGAGGCCACUUGUACGCUCCCUCCGUGCUCUUGCUGUCUCUUAACAUAGAAUGCACUUGGCCCUGGGUGCACUGAUGGCAUCUCAAGGCACACACACACAGUUGUAUGUACAUACACAUAAACAGGUACAGGUGACACAUUCAGGUCCACACAGACACACAGGUGUGUGCUUCAUGCACAGUAACAGUUGCACAUGCACACAUGCGCUCACAAACACACACACACAGUUUGCACAAACAAAAGCCCAAACAGCAGUCCUUGUUAUUUCUGCUCCUUCAGAAUCAAUUUGAUGGAUCGAAUGUCUGGAGGUAUUACGACUGACUGAUGGAACCAGGAUACUAAAUGCAGCACAGAAAGGGACACUGCAUCACCCAGUGGACAUCUGCACACACACACACACACACACACACACACACACACACACACACAUACAAACACAGAUAUAUAAAAACAGCUACUGUAACAAAACACGUGCAUGCAAACACACAUGCACUCGGAAAGACAGACACUGCUAUGCAUUCUAACAAUCUGGAUAGCAUAUGCUUCAAGACUUUUUUCAUGGGAAUCUGCGAGAGUACUAUUGGGAAUCAGGAGAGGUAUAACAGGAUUGAUUUUGAGCCAGGGCUGUAGGCUCUUGCCACUGAAACUCCCUCCACCACAGAUGGAAGUAGCAGUGGUGGUGGAGGAUGGGAUGCAAGUCUUCCAGCUGUUAAAUUCCUCCAAGCUUUUUGAUUUGCUUUCCAGCAACUGCAAGUCUCAGGUGGCAGAUUCCCCCAGUUCAUGAGCCCUCGCGUUGCAUCUCUCCUCUCAUGUGUGCAGCUUUGUGGCCUGACAAACUUGCGCUCUUUCCAACAAAUUAAUUUUAAGGAGCUUUUGUCAGUUCAGUAGAGAGUGGAGGAGGAAAGAGUGUCAGCAGCACAUCCGAUAGCACUCUUUAAAACAGUAUCCAUCAGCACUAUAUAUUGUCUUAUUAUCAACACUCAAAGGUGCAGUAAACAUGAAAUCAUUCAUGGUUAUCCUGCGUUAUAUGAUAGGAGUAUGAAUCUCAUGUAGCCACAAUGUUUCAUGUUCUAUUAAGCAGUUUUAUUUCUGAUUAAAGCUGUUGAGCACGGCAAAGUGAUGCUCAGACUUUGUGGUUUGGCCUUGUAUGUCAGUAUGGGGAAUGUGAUGUAUUGUUACUUUUUAGAGAGGAGAUGGACGGGGCUGUAGUCAACCUCAAGAAGGAAAGCAAAGGUACCUGCAUGUCUUAGGAGAUUGAGCAGAUGAAAGGGAAUGCUUUGCUUUGAUGUAACAUAACUGUAUUCGGCUAAAAAUAGUUUUAAAAAAAGAAAAAAAAAAGAAAAUCUACAAUUGUAAAUAUAUUCACAGAAAAUUUUAUGAAGCUUUAUUUUUGUCUUCUUCUUUAUUUUGAAUUUAUCAUCCAUGUACUUUGCACUUUUUUGUGUGCUGUGCUCAUCACCGGCCUGUGUGGGAUCUGUGUGAUUGGCUGUUUCUCUUGACUACAUUGUUUCGUUGUCGGGGGAGACACGCUCAGCGCGGCGUUACAAAAGGGAAAUGAAAGACAUUUUUAUUUUCUUUACUCUCAUCUGUUUUUCUGCCGUGGCUUCUCUUUGGUUUUGUAAAACAGUACAGGAUUUUUUGUUUGCUCGUUUGAUGAAAACAAUCCAUGUAAAUAUCACAAGUAAAAAAAUGUAUAUUUUUACGACUUCUGAGUUAUUACUCUUUCAUUUGCAAAUAAAAUAUUCAAUGACAACUUAA